AGAUUAAAUCAACACAACAGUUAUUGCUAACGACAAUAAUAAUUUAGUCAAAAUAUACUAAAAUAUAUUUGGCUAUUAGUGUUGGGCGAUUUAACUGUUUUAAUUAAUAACGCAAUACCUUCGGACUGUUGCAAGUGUACUUACGCAAUAUUACGUUUUAGGUGUCUAUAAGUUCGCAUUCUCACAUUCCCCGGUAUUGACAUCGGUCAGUCGUCGUUGAUAUUGUCUGAUCGUACACAGCGAGCGUAUUUGGCAACAGCUAUCAUACCUACGUCAUGGACACGGGUGGUAUAGAGUUUUUGUCACAAAUUCAAGAAGGACAACUGUACAAGUACACAAAUGUGGUCAAAGGAUGGCAACACAGGUGGUUUAUAGUGGACCCAAGAGAAGGAACACUAAGUUAUUUUUUGAGUGAAAAUGAUACAAAGCAACAACCACGGGGAUUUAUUUUUUUGGAAUCUGCUGUUGUAUCUCCAAGUGAUGAGGAUUCAAAUACAUUUUCUGUGAACUCUUGGAAUGGUGAAUGUUAUAAGCUAAGAGCUGUUGAUGCGCGAGCUAGACAAGAUUGGGUGAAUCGUUUGAGAGCUGCUGCUGAGUAUCAUUCCCAAAAAAAUGUACAAAAAUAUUCACGAACAAAUUAUGUUUAUGAUUUUUGCCCAAGUGGCGUUAAAAGAUCAUUGGCCAACGCACGACAAUACUUAUCUCAAGCUGAAAACAAUUUUAUUGACAUGGCUCGAGUCAUAGAGAAGUUACCAUCUCAAGGUCCACGCUUAAGGAAUACUGAUCCAGACUUGUUAAUAAUAAAAGCAACGUCGCAGUCAAUGAUGUGCGCAUUAGAAAACUGUUAUAAGAUUCUACAACAUUCGAGCAUAGAACAACCAAUCAUUCGAACUUAUUCAUUUUUGAAUUCAAAACAGUCUUCCUUAGCUACACAUUCAAAAAGAAAAUCACAUACAACAAGUACUUAACUAAUAAGUAAUAAAUUAACAUCAUGUUUCUCUUUUAUUUUUAUACCGUGAUUUAUGUAUAUUCCAUUCAUUAUAAUUGAUUAUUUAUAAUAGUUAUUAAAUAUAGUAUUACAUUUUAAAACUUAUUGUUAUUUAUGAAUAUUUUUUUUUUAUUUAUAUGUGACUAAAUUGUAUUAUUGUUUAUAAAUUUUAAUCGUUCAAAAAUUUGUCAUAAGUUUUUUUGUAAUUCUAGAGACAGGAGGUAUAAUAAUCUAGUUACUGAAAUCUCAAUAAAAUGAAUCAAAAGUAUUAAGGUCUUUGAUUAAAAUAAAUAUAAUUAUAUGUUAAUAAUAUUAUAUUAUUAAGUAUUAUUGAGCUGAACUUAAUCGCAUAGUUCAUUUUGUACGAUACAUUCCGAUUUUUCUAACUAAAAAAUGUUAUUAGUUAGACUAUUUUACUGUAUGCUUUUAUGUUUUUAUACUUUUAGUGGUACUAUUACUUUUAGGGCUUCUUAUUAAUUUUUUUAGUUUAAUCAACUUUUUAUUUAUAUUAUUAUUUCUAUUUCAAACCCUCCGAAAGAGUGAAUAAGUACUUAUUGAUUUAAUAGUGAUAUUAAUAUAUUUUUUUUUUUUUAGUUGAACUAAUGGUUUUUAAGAAUGUAUCUACUAUUUUAUGUAGCACAUAAUUUUAUUUAAAACAAAUUUAGGAUAAGUAUAACAAUUUUUAUAAUUUUUAUGGAAACAGUAAAAUCACAAUGUAUUAAUUAUUAAUUAGUAAAAACUGAAAUAUUAUUAUCACAAA